AUGCCAAUCGGUCUGCAUGUGAGGGGUUGUGCAACAUUGGUUUUGUGGAAAGACAAUGACUUUGUCAUUCCCAUAGUUAACGCCAAACUAUUGACAUCAGAAUUUGAUCAACAAUUAAAUAGAGAAGAUAGCUUGCUAAAAAACUGCAAGGCAGAGAAAAGGGAAGCAAGUGCAAGUAUAGGGGCCCCCGGCUCUCCGGUGGAGACCUCAAUGCUUAACGUGUUUAGUGGUUCUGCAUCUCUGCCUCAUGGUACUGGAGCGGCUCUUCGGGUGGCUGGCUUUGCUGAAGGGCGGCUGCAGCUGGGGCCUGAGCAGUUGGAGCUGAUGUUGGUGGUCAAGAGCUUAUCGAGAGAAUCAAGAAUGAAUGAACAAAUGAAAGAAAGAGAGGCGGGAAAGAAAGAGUGGAGGAAGGGAUGGAAUGUCCUUCCUUUGGUAGGAGGGGAAGGAGAAGGGAAAAAAGAGGAGAGGUGGUCUAUCCUGUUUAGGCUGACCAUAUUCUCUCAUUUGAAACUGAGAGAAACUGGGGAGAAAUGA